AUGGAGAUAUUUGGUCUUGUGGACGUGCCACUAAAUCUCCUUCUGGCCAUAGCGGCGGCUGUACUGGUCUAUAAAUACGGCACCCGGAACUAUGAUUACUUCAAGAAGCAGGGCAUCCCUGGACCAACACCCUACCCUAUUAUUGGAAGCAGCCUUAGCUUUUUGAUCUUCUCCAAGUUCUACUCCUGGAAACAGCAGUAUGGAAACAUCUUUGGGAUCUUUAUAGGAAAGGUCCCAGCCUUAGUCAUUUCCGAUCUGGACAUUCUAAAUGAGGUCUUUGUCAAAAGUUUCAACGUUUUCAGAAACCGGAUGAAAUCCAUUAUCAUACCGUACCCAUUCAGUUUGUCUGUGUUUUACCUUGACAACGCCCAGUGGAAGAGAGUCAGAGACAUCAUCUCCCCAACCUUCAGCAGCGCCAAACUGAGGAUGAUGUGUGUUGCCAUCAACGAUUGCGCAAAGACUCUUUCUAACAACUUAUCAAAUGCGGCUGAGAAGAAAAAAGGGGUUACUGUCAAAGAAUACUUUGGAGCGUACACGAUGGAUGUCAUUUCAAGAACUGCCUUUGGUAUAAAGGUCGAUUCUCAAAACGAGUUUGAUAACCCUUUUGUCGCUCAUGCUAAAGAAAUGCUUGAACAAUCAAACAUGAGAAGAUUGUCAUCAAUGCUAGCAGGUCUGUCGACAGAUGAAAUAGUUGCCCAAAGCAUACUUUUCUUCAUUGCCGGAUACGAAACGACGGCUUCAACGCUUGACUUUUUGUCCUACAGCCUUGCCACGAACCCGGAUGUCCAAGAAAAGGCACACAGUGAAAUCGAACAAGAGUUGGAAAAUGAACCAAAUUACGACAACAUAAAGAAACUGAAGUAUCUGGACAACGUCAUCACCGAGACGCUCAGACUCUACCCACCAGUUAUUGCGUUACAUCGGAGAGCGUCUGAGACGUUUCAGAUUAAGGGCUUGACAAUCCCCAAGAAUCAAACUGUCCUUAUCCCCACGUUCGCCCUGCAAAGAGACCCUCGGCUCUUCAAGGAUCCAGAUUCCUUCAAACCAGAAAGACAUGAUGAACAGUCCAAUCCACUUUCCUUCCUAGCCUUUGGACAUGGCCCGAGGAAAUGUCUUGGAAUGCGUCUAGCCCUGGUUCAGGCUAAAAUAGCUCUGGUUCAUGUUCUGAGAACUGUGAAGUUUGAACGAAUGCCAGACACGCCGGUUGGGAAGGUCUCCACAGUCUUCAACCCAAUGAACCACACGGAUGACUAG